UUUAGAUAUCGAUGAUUUGAAUAAAGAUAAUAUUCAAAACAUAUAUUAUCGAUGUUAUGUUAAAUUAAAAUCAUUGGGUUCGGGAAACUUUGGAUCAGUUUAUAAAUGCAAACAUAAAUUACGGGAAUAUAUUAGAGCUAUAAAAAUAAUUAAACUACCUGAUUAUUUUACAUUAAACGAUAUGUUUUAUAAAGAAAUGGAAAAAGUUACUAAAAUUACGGCACAAUAUUUAGUAAAUGUUUAUGGAUUUUGGGCUUUUGAUAAUUGUAUAUAUAUUUCAAUGGAGUAUUGCUUAAUGAAUCUAAAAGAGGCCAUCAAAUUGAAAGCACAGGUAUUUGGCAGACAAUCAUCAGAUGAACCCAUGGAUUGUAUGGAGUAUUACAUUACUUGUGAAAUACUGUUAGAAGUGUUAGAAUGUGUCCGAUAUUUACAUGAAUUGCAACCACCGGUCAUUCAUCGCGACCUAAAACCCGACAAUAUAUUGAUUGCUAACCGUAUCCGAAACGGACGGUUCAUUAAGUUAUGUGAUUAUAGUAUUAGUUGUAUUAUUGAAGAGUUGUUCGAUACGGAUGUCAAUGAUUCUCGCGAUAAGUAUAUCAAACACGAGUGGAGUAAUAAAUAUUGUAAACUAUUGGAUAUAAUUAAACACACGAUGCAACCCAUCUAUGAUGAGCGACCAACUUGUGGUCAGAUUAUUGAACAGUACAAUGAAUGGGCUAUCGAUAGUAAAGUUUUAACAAAUAAUUUUAAUAAUUUUAAUGAAAAAUUACAACAAAUUAAACAAAAUGAACGAAAAGUUCGUUCAGAGGACAUGGAUUCAGAACCAGACUUUUGGGAAAUUUUCUAUACAUUUGUUUGCGCUAAGAAAAAGAAACUGAAAAGGACAGUACCGGUUGAAAUAGAAGAACCAGUUGAUGUGGAAGUGAAAGAUACUCCAACAGAGGAGGCAAUCGAUUCACAGACAGCCGUUACAACCAAUAUGGAUGACGCCACACAAGAGUCAUCGCAAAGUGAUUCAAGUGCUAUUGAGUCGAGUGCUAGUAAAAGAAAGAAAAAGAAAAGUUCAUCAAAGAGUAACUCAAAGCCAAGAAUUAAGAAUAAAUCGCCAAAAAGGAAAUUACCAAAACUUGCGCUUAAGUUUAGUAAAAACAAAAAGAGACGCCGUUUUGGCUCUGGUUCUGAUCACUCGGAUCUGGAGAAGACUCCUCCGCCAUCACCUGAUGACACAGAGUCUGGUCUACAAAAGAGACGUUCGGCCAGAAAUACUAAGAGACGGAAAUAUACGGAUGAUAUUGAUUUAGAUCUUUCUGAUGACGAUAAUCCUCUUCAAACUAAAGAUUCUGUUGAUAAUACUAGCAAACCAUUGACUGAUGGAAAUGUGUCGAGUAUCAGCGAAGAUACCAUGGUUGUUGAAAAGAUUAUGAGCUCACGAAUGGGCACUCGAGAACUGGAAGAUGAUUUAGAUCAACAAAAGAUCGAACAUUUCUAUAGAUUUCGAAAACAUCCGCCGAAGAGUGAAUGGAAACCUAAGAAAAGACCAAAACCUGCCGAUUGGAAGAAGAUUGGAGAGUCACCUGUUUAUAAGGGAGUAACUACUCUUCGCGAAUACCAAUUGGAAGGACUAAAUUGGAUCAGCUUUUGCUGGCAUAACAAUCAAAACUGUAUUCUGGCCGAUGAAAUGGGUUUAGGAAAGACUAUUCAAUCGUUGGCUUUUGUAAAUGAGAUGACCAAUCACGGCAUUAAUGGCCCGUUCCUCGUAAUAGCUCCACUCUCAACAAUAGGCAAUUGGCAGCGAGAGUUUGAGACCUGGACUGAUCUGAAUGUCAUUACAUAUCACGGAAGUUCUGCGAGUCGUAAUGUGCUUCAAGAAUAUGAAAUGUAUUACAAAAACGAUAAAUACAAAAAAAUUAGCGGAAUCUAUAAGUUUCAAGUUAUGAUCACAACAUUUGAAAUUGUAUUAACAGAUUGUUUAGAGUUACGGGAAAUCCAUUGGAAAUCCUGUAUUAUAGACGAAGCCCAAAGACUUAAAAACAGAAAUUGCAAACUAUUAGAGGGAUUACGACUACUAGACGUUGAGCACAGAGUUUUGUUGACCGGAACUCCUCUUCAGAAUAAUGUCGAAGAGUUAUUCAGUUUACUUAAUUUUCUUGAGCCGACACAAUUCACUUCAAACGAAAGUUUUAUGUUAGAGUUCGGUGAUCUUAAAACAGAGGCACAGGUAGACAAACUGAAAGCCAUACUAAAGCCAAUGAUGUUGAGAAGGCUUAAAGAAGACGUAGAAAAAACUUUGGCUCCGAAAGAGGAGACUAUUGUUGAGGUCGAAUUAACAAAUAUUCAAAAGAAGUAUUACAGAGCUAUUCUCGAAAGAAAUUUCCAAUUUCUAAGUAAAGGCGGCAGUUAUACAAAUAUGCCUAACCUCAUGAACACAAUGAUGGAGUUAAGGAAGUGUCACCCAUUUUUACUCAAUGGCGCUGAAGAACAUAUAUUUUAUGAAUAUCGCGAACAACACGGCAAAGAAGGUGGCGACACAACUCUUUUCUUCUCUCGCCAUAUUUUUAAG